UCUAUUUUCGAAGUUGGAACCGUAAUUAGGAUUUGUUUUUUGUCGGAAUCUAAAAAAAGAAGAGAGAAAAGAAAGGAGGAAAAGAGUGAGCAAAAUCGUGCGACUGGAAAUUUCGAAUUUCUCAUCCGGCGAGGGGAUUCAAACAUCCUUCUCCGUUGCUCGCCGUGACAUCUGAGCAUUUCCUUCAGGACCAGUCGCCAUUUUUUGCAUUGCUUCGACCCCUCGAGAGGUUUAUCUAUUAUCUUCUCAGGCCUCCUCUCUACUACAAUCAUGGGAACUCUCUGAGUUGGAAUGAACAUUAAUCUCGAACAAGACGCCAAUAUGAGUGGUAUCUAUGCUCCCUCCGAUGCUACUAGUUUUCUCAGUUUCGACGGCUCAGAAACUCGUUCAAGCUUCGAUGAUACUAAGAAAGGUCAUCAGAAUUUGGUGGAAUGGUUAAAUCAGACACUUCCUUAUUUGAAUUUACCAUCGGAAGCUUCAGAGGACGAAGUGAGAGCAUGCUUGAGGGAUGGAACUGUCUUGUGUAACCUUUUGAAUCAGCUUAGUCCUGGUUCAAUGAAAAUGGGAGGCAGCUUUGAGCCUGCUUAUGUAAAAAUUGAGCGGUUUCUGACUGCUAUGGAUGAAAUGGCCCUGCCCAGGUUCGAGGUUUCAGACAUAGAACAGGGGGAUAUGGUGCCAGUUUUUCAGUCCCUUAAGGCGCUUAAAGCAAGUUUCUCCGAUGGUGGUAAUGAUAAAAACUCACUAUGUGCAAGGAGGAGGUGGAGCUUGCCAGAAGACCAUUCGGAUUCAAGAGGAGAUGACCGCAACUUUACUGAUGGAUUCCAGUCGAAGGAAGGAUUUGAGAUUGAUGUAUCGGAUGCUAAAAUUUCAGAAUUACUGAAAUCUAACAGUUUACGAAAUGCUCCUACUCGGACACUGUUUGACAUGCUGGAUAAGCUUCUAGAUGAGAGCGUCAAGAAGAUGAAUGGACAUGUGUCUCACGCUAUGGCAUCACUCCUGAGCGCACUUGUGCAAGUGAUAGAACAGAGGAUCUCAAAUCAAGCUGAUAACCUGAAAAAUCAAAAUAUACUCUUCAGGGUACGUGAAGAUAAAUACAGGUCAAGAAUAAAGGUCUUAGAAACCUUGGCAGCUGGGGCAACUCAGGAAAACGAGAUUGUUACGAACUGUAUGGAGCGUACAAAGCUUGAAAAAAACAGAAUAGAAGAAAGAGAAAGGUCGGAAGAAAAAGAUGUGGUGCGUCUGAAAAAGGAAAAAGAGCUCAGUGAUGCUGAGAUUCGUAAGCUGAAGCAAGAACUCAAGGUGGUGAAAGAGACGCAUGCAAACCAGUGCUUGGAGUUAGAAGCACAAGCACAAAAUAGUAAAGUUGAGUUGGAGAGUAAAUUAAAGGAUGCAGAGUUACAAGUCGCCCAAUCAACUAGGAAGGUCAAAGAACUCGAGAAGUUGUACCUAUCUAAAUCUCAAAAAUGGGAGAAAAAAGAGUGCACCUACCAAAGCUUCAUAGACAACCAGUUUGGGGCUCUGCAGGCUCUGAAUGCUACUUCAGUGUCUAUAAAGCAAGAAGUCUUAAGGACGCAGAAGAAAUACUUUGAGGACCUGAAUUACUAUGGUUUAAAGCUCAAAGGAGUGGCUGAUGCAGCAAAAAAUUACCAUGUGGUCCUUGAAGAAAACCGAAGACUGUACAAUGAAGUGCAGGAAUUGAAAGGAAAUAUCAGAGUCUAUUGCCGGAUACGACCAUUCCUUCCAGGGCAAAACAGUAAACAAACUUCUAUAGAGUACAUUGGUGAGAACGGUGAAUUGGUGGUUGCAAAUCCGUUUAAGCAAGGGAAAGACACCCAUCGAUUGUUUAAGUUCAAUAAAGUUUUCGGUCAAGCAUCAACGCAAGAGGAGGUUUUCUUAGAUACUCGACCAUUAAUUCGAUCUAUCCUUGAUGGUUAUAAUGUGUGUAUAUUUGCGUAUGGUCAGACGGGCUCUGGAAAAACUUAUACAAUGAGUGGGCCAAGCAUCACUUCAAAAGAGGACUGGGGUGUCAAUUACAGAGCUCUGAAUGACUUGUUUCAAUUAACUCAGAUUAGACAAAACACCGUUGUGUAUGAAGUUGGUGUUCAAAUGGUUGAGAUAUACAAUGAGCAAGUUCGUGACAUACUUUCUGAUGGUGGUUCCAAUCGAAGGUUAGGGGUUUGGAAUACUGCCUUACCAAAUGGGCUAGCUGUCCCAGAUGCAAGCAUGCAUUCCGUGAGAUCAACUGAAGAUGUGCUUGAGCUGAUGAAUAUUGGGCUCAUGAACAGAACCGUUGGUGCCACAGCUCUCAAUGAAAGGAGUAGUAGAUCACACUGCGUUCUUUCCGUUCAUGUACGUGGUGUCGACGUGGAAACCGAUUCUGUGUUGCGUGGUAGUUUGCACUUGGUCGAUCUUGCUGGAAGUGAGAGGGUUGAUCGAUCUGAGGUAACUGGAGACAGGCUCAAGGAGGCUCAGCAUAUAAAUAAAUCACUGUCAGCCCUUGGAGAUGUCAUAUUUGCUCUAGCGCAUAAGAACCCCCAUGUGCCGUACAGAAACAGUAAAUUGACGCAAGUCCUUCAAAGUUCUUUGGGAGGACAGGCGAAGACUCUUAUGUUUGUUCAAGUCAAUCCUGAUGGAGACUCUUAUGCUGAGACCGUUAGCACUUUGAAGUUCGCCGAAAGAGUUUCUGGUGUGGAAUUAGGUGCAGCUAAAAGUAAUAAAGAGGGACGAGAUGUUAGAAAACUCAUGGAACAGGUAUCAAGCUUGAAGGAUGUAAUUGCCAAGAAAGAUGAAGAGCUUCAAAAUGUUCAGAAGCUAAAAGAAAACAAUGCAACGGUGCCGAAACGUGGUUUAAGCAAUCUAAGAUUGUUGGGGCCUUCAUCACCUAGAAGACAUUCUAUAGGACCAUCACAAAAUGGUCUACGAGGAAAGCCCUCUGGUUUAUAUGGAAGAUCAACAUCAGAUGUUGACAACUGCUCAGAAUAUAGUAGCAAGCAUUCUGAUUCUGGCUCACCGCGUUCAUCAGACGAACUCAAACUUAGAAAGGAUCUUCACCAGCUAUCUAAGUUUGCUGGUGGGUCAAAAGAAAUUGACAUUGAAGAUGAUAUUGAACUCAUAGGCCUUGGGGAUGCAGAUUCUGAGGAUAGAUUGAGUGAUAUCUCCGAUAGCUGCCUUUCGAUGGGAACAGAAACUGAUGGCUCCAUAAGCAGUGCAGUGGAGUUGACUCUAUUCCCUGAAACCGUGAAGCCUCUUGAAAUAACGGAAGAACCUGAAACACACUUGGCCCCUGAGAAACCUGAGAAAUCAGCGAAAACAGUGAAAACCGUGCCCAAAGACAACAGAACUAGUAUUCCAUCGAAGAUACCGAAGCAGACCUUGAAACCACCAGGCCAAACAAGACCUUCUCGUCUGUCAAUUGCCACUAGCUCCUCCUCUAAGGCCUUAACAAGUGCUAAAAGACCGACGAUUAGCACAUCAACUUCAAUGAAACCACUCAACAGAAGGCGGUGAAGACUCCAAGGAGGGGUGGAGGAAGAUUUGAGAUGAAUCUGAGCUGUCGGUGUUUAGUAGCUAAUUGUGUAACUAAAAAGCAUAUGAUAUGAUGUCUUUUCUUUUUUUUUUUUGGUCAAAUGAUAUGAUGAUGUCUUCUAUUUCUAUGUAAACCUACUUUUAACGAAACACCAUGUGUUAACUUAAUGCUGUCCACGUAAGCUUUAAUGACUUUUGAAAAAGAGAAUAAGUUACUUUCGGUAGAUGCUAAAUUACAGGACUGAAAAUGCCAAGAACCUUCUUCGGUCUUUCACAGCAGUGAGAGUAAUCAACAACAAGUGAAUAGUGAACGCGGUUCUGUCGAUCAUAAAUGGUCUCAUCUUUGAGUAUCUCUUCAUCAUGGCUUCUUCUUCUUUGAAAUACAACCUUUUUGCUAGUUUCUACGGACAAGGCUUGCGCCAGACUUUUCUGAGCCAUUUAUGCAGGCAGUUAAACGAAAAUGGGAUUACAGUGUUCACCAAUCAAGAUCUCGUGAGAGGCGAACCCGUCCUACCUUCUCUCGUACAAAGGAUUAGGGAAUCAAGGAUCUCCAUCGUGGUGCUGUCGCAGAAAUAUGCUUCUUCUAGCUGGUGUUUAAACGAACUAGUAGAGAUCUUGAGGUGCAGAGAAACUAUGGGGCAUAUAGUGAUGACCAUCUUCUACCGAGUUGAUCCUUCUCAUGUUCGGAACCAGACCGGUGAUUUUGGUAAUAUUUUCGUGCAAACAUGUGCUGGUAAAACAGAGGAGGAGAGGCGAAUGUGGAGUCAAGCUUUGACUGAUGUGGGCAACAUUGCCGGGGAAGACUCCCGUAACUGGGACAACGAAUCGAAGAUGAUUGAAAAGAUUGUUAGAGAUGUCUCAGACAAACUAAAUGCUACAAUGUGGGCGAAAACCGGGUAUUCCAAUGGAAUGGCCUUCCUAGUCGUCAUCAAUUUGCUCCUGGAGAUUGCAUCAGCGGGUGCAGACCAGCUCUCUUCAACUCGCAAGCCUUAUUUCUCAAAAGUCUCCUUACUGAUGUCAGUUCUCUCUCUUAUCCUAUCCACCCUUGACUUCACUUACAAAAUCCGAGCCCAUAAAGCUCGUUUCCGAUUCAAGUGGCCUAUGCCUUGGUUCUACUAUCCAUCACGUGGCUACAACAGAAUCUUUGGUAGUUCCACAGAUGCUAUCUUAUUUUUCUGUGUUGCUGGUCAGUUAAUAGUGUCAACGAUCAAUUGUAGCUUUACUGAAAGAGGACGAGACGGUCCCAUCAAAGUAUCAGUCUGGCCUCUCUUCUUUGCUAUUGGUAUGGUAGUCUCCAAGUUCAUGGAGAAACCAACCAUUUCCAAGGAGAGUUAACCCUCUCAAAAAUGUAUUAUUGAUUGCUUUAGAAUUGUAAAGAACAAAGACAAGUGUUUUGAAGGUUGGAUUA